AUGCUGAACCUCAUCAGCAUGGGCGUUUGGGCUCUUCAGGGUAUCAUGGCUAUCGUUGUCCUCGGGCUCUCUAUCGACCUCGUCAAGGGACAGAAGAUUGGCGACGCUCCCACGACUACCAAAUACAGCACAUUUACUGGCGGCUUUGGAUUAGCCGUCGCUGUGCUGGGCUUGGUAGCUGUUUUCAUAGACGCCAUUCCGGCUCUCGUAGUGAUGGCCGCGGACGCCGUGAGUGGAGUCUUACUCCUCGGCGGUGGUAUAGCUUUCGCAAUUGGGUUACACGGUGUUGCAUGUGACGAAAAGCAUUGGAAAGCCAUUGGGAACAACGAUAUCAUCAACGGUGGAAAAUUCAAGCAGGAUGGACAGUGGUAUUUGGCACCUGGCAUGACCGAAAGUGUCUUGUUAGAGAGGUGCAGGAAGGCAACCGCAAACCAGGCUAUGCAGUUUGUGACGUUCGGGUUCGCGCUGACGACUAUUGUCCUCAUAUUCCUGGUCUGGAAGAAUGGCGUGAUCAUAGCUGCCAUAGAGACGGACCCGCUCGCUCCCAUGUCAGUUUUGGCGGAGGAUGACCGAAUUGAAAGGGAGCAGCCUAACGCCGUUCCUAAACCGACAGCAACCGUGCAAACACACGACAGUGUCGUAGAAGCAAAUCUUGACGUUUUGCGAGGAAUUGGCAUGUGGAGGAACAACUGCUCUCUUGACCCAUAUGGCUCUUCUGCGCACAGGUUUCAGGUCGGUAGAAACACGAACGAGUCGUUCCGCACUACAGUCAAAUACCAGGAAGAGUCGUCAUACUCGGCUGAUAAGGAAAGCAAGCCGCAUAGCGGAGCCGCCAUACAGACCAAAAACAUGUCCUGGAACUCCACUUCCCGCCAGACGCCCUGGGCCCCUGUCUACCUGGCAGCAUGCACAUCUUGCCCGAAUGGAGGUAGUUGUACACCUCAUACCGACGCUGUGAUUAACAGCAGCAGGCAAAGGCUGUCGAGUGAGCUUCCAAGGAACGCGCCCAAGUGUGUGCUACCUUAUGAUGACGCGCGCCGCACCUACAUCUCGUCUAGCCAUUUCACCGAAACAAACAUGGCGCCGGUGCCCUUGGAACCGGAAGUGAAGUACCUGCCUUUGAGCUUGGUGGCUGGCCAUGCGCUUGCAGUGGCAAUUCUCGGCACCACUGUCGCUCGAAGUCUGUACAGCUCGUAUCAGCACUUGCCGCCAUCUCAAGGAACAAGAGCAAGACUUGUUCGCCGUUCAGCUCUUGCGCCGUUGUUCGCAAGUUUGGCACUCAUUAGCUUGUCUUUUGCAAUUUACUGGGCCUCAAGCUAUGCGAAACUUUCAUAUCGCGUCUGGGCAGAUCAGCGUGGAGUUGAAGCUCCAGUUCGCUUCUAUGGCGAUCAUGGAGUCAUCCCUAACGAAACUGCGAUUCAAGUCUUUAUUGGCCGCUGGCUAAGUGACACUCCAAUCCACCUGGACGCUCUCGAGAUCAUCGCCGAGAAAGCUCGUCGGUUCUGGUGGGGCCAGCAAAUCGAACUCGCAACGGUCUCAUGGAGCUUGCUGUUGGCAGUCGAAGGCACACGAAGAAGAAUCCCUUCUGUCUGGGCCUACCUCGGAUUAGCACAUCUCGUCAGCCUCUCGUUCGCCCAGAACCUCUUCUAUGUCGCACUGCUUCUUACUCCUGCCCCGACCACCACUGCAGACGACAGACAUCCCAUCUCUGCACUAGGACGUCUGCGCGAGAGAUUACUGCCUGUGAAGCCUAUCAAUUGGACGCCACACCCGGCCUUGCUCUUGGCAUCGUUCUGCUUUACAUACGUUCUGAUAUACUGGGCUCCGUCGACAACAGGCACAGCGACAUUUGCCCGGAUCGCAAUCUUUGGGCGACUUCUGACCUUUGGCCCCAUUGUCAUUCCCGCCGUCAUUCCAGCUAGUUGGGGCACAGUAUACUCUGAUCCUCACGGAGCAUACGGCAUAUUCACUGAACUCUUUCGCUUUGUGUCCACAGCAAGUUUUGCCUUCCACGUCAAAGGCACCGCGCUUGCUUUGCUUUACAAUGCGCCAAAUGCCCACUAUCAUCGUCAUAGCCGGUUCCUGCCUUUUGACACAGAGAAACGCUCGACGUGGGAGCGUACAACAACGGCGCUGGGGAAAGUCUUGGGAUCGGCAUCCGACCAUCCUGUUGUAGCUGCUGUGGCAUGGGACGUUUUGCUCAGCGGACUCAGCCAAGGCUUAUGGGCGGCUACACGUGUGCUGGAUGUAAAUGACAUUCUAGCUGCCUCUACUCCAUUCGCUCCGAACGAUUUAUCGAAGGCAAAGCCACCACCCAGACUACUGGGAGGAAGUGACAAAACAAAGCCGGAAUCGGAAUCGUCCAGCCACACCAACACAGUCUCCACGCGACGCAGGGGCAAUCAACAUGCAGAAAAAAAUAAGUCUGCAGAGAUGACAAUUUCAGAGACACCUUCGUCUAGAAGCACUCGUCAAGGCCGUACCCUGAAGCGUACGGCAAACCCCGAAGAAGCACCAGAAGAUGCGUACGAGCCGAGUCCUGCGGAAAGCCGCACUGCUGUCGAAGGCGACGAACUGCCCGAUGAGGAUAUGGACUGGGAAUCUGCAGCGUUGGCCUGGGGUCUCACAGCUCUGGGAGGCCUUGGAUCUAGCAGCGCUGGUGUUUUUGGAGCCGAGUGCACAUCUCGAUGA